CGUCAUUAGAGGGCUUCCAUGUAUGUUUGCUGUGAAGAAUAUGAGCAGGUCUCGGUCUGCUGUUUCCUCCACUGCAUGCAGGAGCUCGUGGCCGCAUUCCAGGCAUCUCCAGGACAGAUGUUGAAUAGUGCACCGUCAAGCCCAAGUUGCUGAGUGCCUUCAUGAAAUGCACACCAUCGGGAUGGUAAAGCCUGGGCCGGUCGGUGGUUUGGCAGGUCUCGCGACAGGUGCCAAUGGAACCUGUUGUUGUCGCCACCGCAAGGUCCAAGCUCCAGGUUGCCCAUUCUCGUCCUAGUGUUCUCAACGGAGAAAGGUUUCCCCAGCCUUUAUUUUCUUUAGCAUCAACCACACCCACCGCAUCCAGUCUCAUUAUCUCCUGACAAUAGACUGAACCUCAUACCCAGCAAUGGUCUCUGAUUUUCUUACCAGCAGCUAUCUGCAGUACAAAGCAGAUACCAAUGCGGUAGCAUCAUGGCUGGCAACAACGGCCAGGAAGUGUGGCUACACACUUGGCACGCCGACAGCAAGCCCUGAACCCGCAAGCACCGACAACCUCCACCAACCGUCCAAACGGCUCAAAGGCAAGGCAAGAAAGCAGGCACGUGCAGGCAAAUCUUCCCAGGGUGCCCCAAGAGGUUUUACUUCCUCUAACAACUGCUUGGUCGAUGAAUUUCCCACCAUUCACCCCAGCUUGGAUCAUUAGCAUUGAGAGAAAUGAGACUCACUUUCUAGCCUUGGUGGUGCGGAAAGGGUUUGGAAUGGAGGUAGAGGAGUCAAGAUGUUGUUUGGCACUCAAUGCGGGGAAUUGCUAAUCCAGAUCUGUGUAUGAGUGUCAACACCUCAAGGCUUAGAGGCUGCCACGUUUGCUGAAGUGUUGCUGUUGUUGAUGCCACUUUUGGACUGUUACACUUCUGCUGCUGCCCAGCACCUCAUCUUCUUUAAGCUAUCAACCUUCUGUAGAGUUACCACAGCCUCCAUCUUGCCACCUUUUUGUCCUCUACUUCUACUUCCUACAGCAGUCCGUUGUCUCUCCUGGUGCCCAGAAUGCCCUACACAACAGAGAUUCCUUUGCAAUAUCGGGGUGAUUGGCUUCCUGGCUCCCUUCUCGCUUGGGCUAGAGACCUCAUGGCCAUUGGGUCCAAACGUCUGGCUGCACUCCGAACAGUGAGCGAUCACCAGGCUGCGCGCAUCCAUGAUCUUGAAGAACUUCUACGUUCGCAUAACAUCGCCUUUCCUCCUUCAACCCCUCUUCACUAUGAUCUUGCGGUGGAUACCCAUGAAAUUCGCCCUCUGCAGCAAGGAGAUGUGCGUUAUUUCAGGUGGGAGAUAGAGAAGGAUUUUGCGGCUUUUGCCUCUGCGCUGGAAGAAAACAAUGACGAGGUGGAGGGUGAGAUGGAAGGUGAGAUGGAGGACGAGGAGGUGGAUACUGACUUUUGUGUUUAACACAUUCUCUCUCUUUUUUUUUUACAUUCGCUGAGAGUCCUCACUACGAAUAAAAAAAAUAGUGCCUUUUCUACUGU